ACAGAACCAACCCACGCAUUGAUUGUCAUUGGAUAUGGUCCCGACUACUGGAUUCUGAAGAACACUUACAGUAAAGUAUGGGGAGAAAAGGGUUAUAUGAGAGUGAAAAGAGGUGUCAAUUGGUGCGGAAUUAACACCGAAAAACCACUUUUGCCUAUUUUGUA